UUCCAACUCUGCACCGAGCCCUGCCCACAUUGCAAUUCGACUGUUCCACGGCUCGCUUCGAUUACGCGAUACGCGGUCAUUUACGAGCGGGGAGUAGCGCAGCGCAGCGGCCGGCGCGCGUCAGAAGUGCCCAUGGACGCCGCGGCGGUGCUGAAGCGGAAGGGCGAGGAGGCGCCCGAGGCGUGGCUGCUUGGCGGGGUCGUGGUCCCCGCCACCAAGAUCCGCCGACUCGAUGCGGAGGUGCCGCCGCCUGUCGGGUCCGGCGCGGGCGUGCUGUCAGAGCCGCAACGUGCUUUAGGGUUGGAGGAGGCGCGGAUGAGCGGCCACGUGGGGGCGCCGGCCAUGGACGCAACGCCGUUGUUGAAGAGGAAGGGGGAGGAGGCGCCGCAGCCGUGGCUCGAUGUCGACGGGGUCCCUAUACCCGCCACGAAGAUCCGCCGACUCGACGCCGAUGUGCCACCCGUCGGAUCCGGGAUGGGCGUGCCGCUUGCUGAGCCCGGCGUGAGCGUGGCGCCGCAGCCUUUCGUGGCGGGGGACUUGCGGAUGAGCGGUGAUGUUGCGCCGCCGGCCGCGGCGAUUGCCGUAGCUGCUCCGGCGGUGAACGAGGAGCGGGCGAUCGUGGUGUACCAGCCUGCCGAGGCCGAACGCAACCUCCUGGACGGUCCACUCCGCCCGGGGGCUUCUCUCCGCGUCAGCCCCGACUGGAUACAUGGGCUCAAGAACACCAUGCUGCAAGAGGCGAGCAACCACAGAGCUCUGUUCGAGGAGAUGGCGGCCAGGGACGGGAACCUCAACCUGGCCAUGGUCCCGUGGGCGCCUCCCGAGGUCGAUGUCCAUGCCGCCUCCAGCUCCACAGCGGCGGCAAUGGAAAUGGUGGACGCUGAUCAGGACGGCGACGGCGCAUCCAUGGAGGUCGAGCACGACGUUGAGGGCCAGACCACGCCACCAGCUGGCGGUGCGCUGCAGGUGGAGGCGUUCAACCACCAUUACCAGCAGCAGCACCAGUGGCCAGCGCAGCACUGCGUUGCGUCGCCGCAGCUACAGCUCCCGGCCGCGAGCUACCAGGCAAGCCCUGUCACGUGGUCGUGGUGAUGGCGCGAACUAGAGCAGAGGACUGCAGGGGGAGACAUAGACACAUAGUUGUCGUAGACUAGUAGUAGUGAUUAGUAUUAAUCUCCUCCCUGCUCAGUUUGCUAUUUGCUUUUCUGGAUGUUGGGGUUGGGGUUGCUGUUGUGAAAAAACGCGAGCUUCUGAGCCGGAGGAGGUGAUUUUUUGGGGAGAUGUUCGAUGCCAUCCGUUUUUGCGCGAGUCACUACAGAUCGCCUGCUGUAAUUCAGUGUUCACAGAGUUAUGAGAUGGAAGAUAAAAUGAAUGCG